AUGUCGGAGUGCACCAGGCUGUUCCAGGAGGCGGACCUCGACUCCAACGGCACCCUGGACUACGGGGAGUUCGAAGCCUGGCUCAGGUCGGCGCUGCAGAUGAACGCGUCCCCGGCAGCCCAGCAGAGGCGAGCCGUGGACGAGGAGGCCGCGCGCGCGGCCUUCGCGUCCGCCGACCGAGACUGCGACGGCCACCUCACCGUGGAGGAGCUGCGCUUCGCCUACGCGGGGAUGCUGCUGAGCGCCGGGCAGAAGGUCAGCCGCAAGCGGGUCGCGCGCUGGGCGGCGCGCAGCAUCCGGAAGUACGACGCGGACAACAGCCGGACCCUGGAGUUCGAGGAGUUCUUCGAGCUGCUGAGGAAGGUCAGGUUCGCGGACGGGCUCCAGCUCCACUGA